AUCAAGCAUGGAGCAUGAAUAUCCUUUCAUUCACAAUGAUCAAAACUCAAUAUCAAGUUCUGGUUCAUCUAUGUUGCAGCAAACUAGUGCCUCUACAGAUGCUGAAAAAACCCCUACGACAAUGAACCCUACAAAGCUUGCCAUUGUGCCACAAUUGACAAGGCCAGAGCAAAAUUCAUUGCCAUUAAAAAAUGUGACAAAAAUCAUGAGAAAAGGUUUGCCACCACACAUAAAAAUCUCCGAUGGAGCAAAGGAGAUGACUGAACAAAGUGCCUCAAAGUUCAUUAGCAUGGUAACCAAAAAAGCCACCGAGCGUUGCAUAAGAGAGUCAAGAAAAAUUUUAGGUGCUGAAGAUCUAUUAUGGGCCAUGAUGAGUUUAGGUUACCAUAACUAUUUUAAGAGUUUGAGCUUAUAUCUCGAACGCUAUCGCUAUAGUAAUGGGAUUAGGCCUAUGCAAAUGGUCUGUGAGAUUCCAAAGCCCAUCUUACCAUCUUGUGAGGUUUCUCAACAAGGCUUACCACCACCACCACCACCACCACCUCCACCUCCACCACCGGUUGCUCUUGAGGCAAACUCGUCGAUGAACCGAAACAGUUCUAUUGAGAUUGCUGAAGAAAUUAACAUUGAUGAGUUUUGGGAUGAACUGAGUAAUUUGGGUGAUGACUAGGGUGUUAUCAUGUUAGGGUUUAUUUUUUUAUUUGUUAGUGUUUUUCUGUUGUGUUUUAAGGGUGAAGCAUAAAAUACCUUGUUUAUGCUUUAAAAUAACUGUGAUAAUAAAAAUGAUAUUUUUGGGUUAAUC